AUGGCCGUCUUGGAGAAGACCGAGCAGGAGCUUCAAGUUUCCACCCCACCGCACCAGAGACUUUCUGCCGUCAUUAAACAGGCGUCGGAAACGGGGACGUUCUGGUACAGGUUGGUGCUUCGUAGCCCGAUGGGGCUCGUUCGCGUCUUCUACGACCACAUCCAGCCGAUCCUCGCCGACGAGCACGAAGAAAACGAUGAAUUCUAUACAGUCAUGAUGGACAAUUGGACCGUGAAGACGGUUCCGUUCAUCAACAAGAAGCUGACGGACAAGGAGGACUAUGAUAGGCGACUCCGUCAAGCGUCUAAGGACGAAGCCAGAGAGAGUGUGAAAAAUCCCCUCCAAAAUAAAAGUCUUUUCGCGUUCGUGUCUGCUCUUGCUCAUGAUCCUGCUCCUGCUUCUUACCCGCUUCUUCAAGCUCUUUCCUUGCCGCUUCCACGGACUAUCCUGCUUGCUCUUGCUCACGAUCCUACUUCUGACCAGCUUCUUCCUUCCUCGCCCCUUCCGCGGCCUUCCGGGCCGCCUUGUUAA